GAUACGAUUGUAAGAUCGUUGCGAAAUCAACAUGACAACGUAUAUCCAGUACGAUUGGAAAAUUUAUAUAUGUAUUUUUUGAAUGAUACUCGUAAAUGAAAUUACUGCAGAGUCAUCCAAUAUUCGGUACGGUUUACGAUCAAAGUUCAGAUAAACGGCUCGUUACUCGAUACUCGUAUUUUGAACAGUACUACAGUUUACUUCGAACGACUGAACUGUGUUGUGUGUUACUCUACAUGUUAUUGUUUGCACUACACGAAAAAUGAAGAACGGCAAUCAGAUUCUUGCAGAGGCCUUGAAAGAUCAGGGUAUCGAAUAUGCUUUCGGGAUAAUGGGCCACCCUGUAAUCGACCUGGCACUGUGCAUCCAAGCUAUGGGUAUCCAGUACCUUGGAUUUAGAAACGAGCAAGCCGCUUGCUACGCAGCGCAAGCUUAUGGCUACCUGACGCGAAAACCGGCGGUAGUUUUAUGCGUCUCUGGGCCAGGAUUACUUCACGUCAUGGGUGGUAUGGCAAACGCUCAAGUGAAUUGCUGGCCAGUCAUAGUACUUGGCGGAUCGUGUUCCGAGGAUCACGAAGGGAUUGGCGGUUUUCAGGAAUGGCCGCAGGUAGAAUCCAGUAAGCCCUAUUGUAAAUAUGCUGCCAGACCACCACAGGCAACACUCAUACCGCUCCACGUAGAAAAGGCCGUUCGACUCUCUAUUUAUGGUCGACCAGGCGUCGCGUACUUGGACUUGCCUGCCACUUUGUUGAACCAGUCGGUCGACGAGGAUAAAAUAUACAAAGUGGCGCCCUGUCCAACGCCGCCACUGAUAUUUCCAGAUAAACAAUUAGUUCAACAAGCUGCCAACUUGCUCAUGCGAGCAAGAAAACCGCUACUGAUCGUCGGAAAAGGAGCUGCUUACAGUAGAGCAGAAAAAGAAAUUCGUAAUCUCGUGUAUUCGACGGGUAUUCCCUUUCUCCCGACACCUAUGGGAAAGGGCGUUAUUCCAGACACGGAUAAACGAUGUGUUUCUAGCGCGAGAACUUUUGCAUUGCAACAAAGCGACGUUAUUAUAUUACUAGGCGCCAGAUUUAAUUGGAUGUUACACUUUGGCCAACCGCCUCGUUAUCAAGAUAACGUUAAAGUGAUACAGAUUGACUUAUGUCCAGAAGAAUUACACAAUUCUAUUCUUUCUGCAGUUGCGAUUCAAUCUGACCUGUCCACAGCUGUGGACUGUCUAGUUAAUAUUUUGAAAGCUCAAAAAUGGUCCUUUGAUGAAAAUAGUUCAUGGUGGAAAGACCUUCUGAUUAAAGCAAAUAAAAAUAAAGAAAUGGUUCAUAGAAUGUCCAUGGAUACUUCAGUGCCUUUAAAUUACUAUACCGUUUUCAAACAUAUUCAAGAUAGUAUUCCACCAGAUUCUAUCAUUUGCUCAGAAGGAGCAAACACAAUGGAUAUUGGGAAAACAAUGUUAUUGAAUAAUGAGCCCCGUCAUAGGUUAGAUGCUGCUACUUUUGGUACCAUGGGAGUUGGCUUAGGUUUUGCCAUUGCAGCAGCUCUUUAUUGUAAAAAUAAUGCACCUGGUAAAAGAGUAUUUUGCGUGGAGGGGGACAGUGCUUUUGGUUUUUCUGGCAUGGAAAUUGAAACAAUGUUUAGAUAUAAAUUGCCUAUAAUCAUUAUUAUUGUAAAUAAUAAUGGCAUCUAUAGUGGCUUAGACACUGAAACUUUUAGACAAUUGCAAGCUACAGGGGAGCCAACACAAGUAACACCACCCAAUUCUUUAACAUCUGAAACACAUUAUGAAAAAAUGAUGGAGAUGUUUGGUCAAAAAGGACACUUUUGCAAGACUGUACAUGAUAUUCAACAUGCAAUAAAGUCAUGUCUUCAAGUGAAUGAUGCUCCCAGCAUGAUAAAUAUUAUGAUCAAUCCUCAAGCUGAUCGUAAAGAACAACAAUUCAGCUGGUUGACAGAAUCAAAACUUUAAAUUUGUUAAUUCUGUUAAUAAUUCUGUUAAGUUUAGAUCCAAUAUGAAUAAGGUGAAAGGCAGAGCAUGUGCUGUAUAUAUUUUUAUUUUUUUGUAUAAAAUUGUCCAUUUGUAUUUUUAUAAAAAUAUACAAAAAAUAUACAAAGUAUUUAAUAAUGAAAAUUAAA